AUGAAGAUUGCAACUCUCUCCAUCUUUGCCGCAGGAAUUGCAUCCACGGGCGUGAUGGCAGCACCUGCUCCUAUCGAAGUUCCUGGUACCUCUCCGAAUCUUGCCAAACGAGGUCUCUGGUUCAGAGACGAGUGUUUCCCUGAGACUGGCGGCAACACAAUUGGCGGGAGCACGCUUUGGAUGCUGCGUAACACUUGGAACAAUCGAUUUGGUGGCGACUUUGGCGGCAGCCUUGGGGUGUACGAAUACAAGGGCGUGUGUUGUUGGGGACAGUGCCUGUUCGUAUCUUCCGAAGGGCAGGGUAGGAGGUGGUCUGGUGAUGCGUGGGGUAAUGCUCUAUCAAGACUUCAGGGCGUAGUUGGAAACGGUAAACGAGGUCUCUGUGGGGCCCGGAUUGAUAAUGACGCCUAUCUGGUCCUGAUGACUGUGCAGCACGAUGCGGUAACUCUAGGAGGCCCGACUGCUGGCCAGGUGUUUGGAGACACUUGUGGAGGUAACCCUCCUUGGUAG